AUGGAGCUAUUGCAACAAGAUAUGCGUGAGGAGGCAGGGCUGCGGAAAUGCAAGGAAUUGGAGCGUCUGAAGGCAGAGAUUGCGGAGCAGAUGGAGCUAUUGCAACAAGAUAUGCGUGAGGAGGCAGGGCUGCGGAAAUGCAAGGCGACUGGACGGGACGAGCUGCCCGAGCCGGCGGAGCUUCAGCAUCAGCAGUCAAAUGAUUCAAAUGCCGUGAAGGCUCUGUUGAAGACAUCUUGUGACGACUCUCGGAGACAAAGAGCUGAACGAGAUCAUCCCGAGGAGCCACUUCAACAUUUUGGUGCGCCAGCUUCGUCGGACUUGCAGCUGCGGAAAGACACUCUGGAGGCUCAAGUGAAAUCAUCUCGCACUGAACUCCUGAAGAAGAAGUUUGAGCGACAGUUCCUGGAGGAAAAGCUGAACGCCCUCGAGUGUCAAUUCCCAGAUUCGACACCAGAGAAGGAAGAAAUCCGAUCUUUGCUGGGAGAUUUGGCGGCUCAGACAGUUGAAAGCACGAACACAGAGGAACAGGUCCAGAAAGCGCUGAAGGACAUACAAGAAUUGCAGGCUGAAAAUGACGCUUCGGAGGCACUACAGCAGCUUACAGAGAAUGAGGCGAUUGGACGGGACGAGCUGCUGCUCCUGGCGGAGCUUCAGCAGUCAGAUGACGCUGUGAAGGCUUUGUUGAAGACGUCCUGUAAAGACCUUCAGAGACAAAGAGCCGAGCGAAAGAAAUUGGAGGCAAAACUGGAACGUCAGCUUUCAGAUGUGAAGAAGCAGGAUGAAAUGAAGACUUUGCUGCGGAACUUCGCGCUAUUUACCGCUGCAAACAGCAAGGCCGAGGCAGCAAUCCAGGCCGUGCUGAACGACCUGGAGGCUCACCGAUAUGACCUGAAAGAGCCACAUGCCUUUGCGCAGUUUCUUCAGGAUGCAGACAUCCGAUUGAUCAGAGCAAAGUAUCUUCAUGACUUGGCCCAAUCCAAGCGGCCGCUUCCGCGGCGACAAGAAGCGGAGCUUUGCAAGUUUGAAUUUGAUGGCAAGGCCGAAAGUGCCUUAGUCAGCCACGCAGAAGUGCAGAAUUGGGCAGCAGCAGCCCGGACUGCGACCAUUUGCUCGGUUUCACAUGCAUGGGAGACUCGGGAGCAUCCCGACCCUUGCAGAUAUCAACUACAGCUUAUUGCUGAUCGCGCUGCGUGGUAUGAAGCUGCUUUCGAAACUGAUGUGUGGAUUUUUUACGAUUUCACGUCCUUGUUUCAGUACGAGCGCUUGUUUCAGGAGGAGGAAAGAAGCUUCAGAGCAGCAAUGGCUAACAUGCAUAUCAUGUACGCACAUGAAUGCACCAUGACUUUUAUAAUACAUCUGACUCCCACGGAUGUGUGGGAAUCAACAAUGAAAAAUGACCAAGAACUCAUUCCUGUUUGGGACGACAAACUGCAAAGCAUCAAAUCGAAACCCUUGAAUUGUCUCAUAAAAAAUAGAACUGAAUACCUUGAGCGCGGCUGGUGCAUCGGUGAAAUUUCUUGGUCUUCACUUCGAACUCAUAAUUCACAAAGCCAGCGUAUUGACUGGCUAGGUUCCGACCAAGUCAAACCUGGUCAGGUUAAGGGUUUAACUGGUACAGUGCCGUUGACCCCUGACAAAUUCAAGGAAAUAGUGAAGCUUGCAAAGUUUACCCAUAGGGAUGAAGACUUGCCGAUUGUCGUUAAACUUCAGAAGAAGAUCUUCGACGAAAAAGUUGCUGUAUGUGAACACCUAGUCCUGAAAGGACUUCCAGAACAAGAAAUUUUUGCCCUGGCGGAGGCGCUGCCGUUGUACAGAAGUCUCAAGACUUUGAAGCUCGAUACCUUCCAAUGUAGGGAAGAAGCAGCUGAAGCCUUUGGCAAGGCUUUGGCCACGAGUCAAAUCGUGAGUCUCGACCUCCAAAAUCCGUGGCGGGGCAGCGGAGCCUUGAUGGGCAAGGCCGUGGUUGAUGCCUUGACAACAAACCAGUCGUUGACAAGCGUCAGUCCACAGGGGGACGAAUCCAUAUUCGAUCUUGCAGCCAAGAAGGCCCUGGCAAAAGCCUUGAGGAGGAACAGAUCCAUCAAGGACAGACUGCCGCUCGACGCACCGGUUCGUCUCAAGGUGGUGGCUGACGCCUUGGAGAGGAACUCCCUGGGGACCAGCGUCACCGUUGACCCCGCAGAAGAUCAGAUCGACGACCAAAAGGCCAAGGCGGUCGCCCAACUGUUGAAGAGUGGCAGUCCGUUGAAGAGUGGCAGUCCGGUGAAGAGCAUCGACUUGGGCAACACCUGCAUUUCUGACGACGGAGCCCAGGCGCUUGCAGAGGUUCUGCGCUACAACCGGACCUUGGAGGUGCUGUGCCUUCACGAGGAUCAAAUCACCGACGUUGGCGCAAAGGCUUUGGCCGAAGCCUUGGAGGUCAACAAGACCCUGAGAAGUCUCACAGUUGCAGCACCCUGGGAGUCAAUUGGGUGCCAGGCCUUCAGGACGGUGGAAGAGAUGAAGAGAGGUCGAGGAGACGAUUUCCGAUUUAUUUCGGCAGAAGACGAAAAGGAAGAUUGUAGGGCAGCUCCGAAAAAAGGAAUCGUUCAACGAUUUCUGCACCACAGCUGUCAACAGUUUGCCCAGACGGUGAACGGUCAGAUACGCACUGACCUGGUGGAGGAGGUUGCGAUGCUGUUAAAAUUCAAGAAUUUCCUGAAAAACAUUGCUUUGGAACAAGUGCUAAGACUGCACCGGUGGGAUGUGAACCUUUGCAUUUGUCUUUAA